GGUCGACUCCACAGGUUAGUCACUCAAGGGGCCUCACCUAGGCUUCCCCGUUCUUCUCUCGUCAGAACGGUAUGUACCCUCCCUACUCUUAUUAGGGCUUGACAUUAGGGUCUUUGCAAAUCAUGGGUAAACAAAAAUCGGCUAAAAAAUUAACUCUACGGGACUUUCACGACCAAAUUGAUAAUGGUAUGGUUUUUCUGAUGUCGAAAUUGUCUCUGUUAAUGAAAAAAGAUGAUGAGGCAGAUGAUAAUGAUUUAGUGGUGGCAAUGGCAAUUGACAACAUAGUUCAGGAUGCAACUAUGGUGUCGAUGGUCACCAUUGAUGCAUGGCCGAAACUUGGCACAGUCAACUGCAGUCCUGGAUUGAAAACUUCGGCCAAGGCAGCUGAGCAUGGUGCAGAAGUGAUCAUGACACCACCUCAAUUGGACAAACCAGAAGGUGAAACUACUACUUGGACAAAAUGGAAGAUUUUACUUACCAAUGAAGUUAAAAUUGGAAGGCUAAGUAAACACCUUAAGAAGGCUCCAAUUGUGUAUGAGAACGGUCAAGUCAUGAUUCCGACUAAUAUUUUUGAAAAUGGGGCUAUGAAAUGGAAAAAUGUCAUUGUGAGCUGCUUUGUUGACAAACAAUUAUCCUACUUUCAAGUUAGAUCCUGGGCACAACAGGUGUGGAAAACGGACGCUGAGGAUGUCAUCACCCUAGGCAACGGUUUUUUUGUGUUCAACUUUGGGGACACGGAAACUUUGGACUCCAUUCUUGAGAACAACCCAUAUUUCUGUGGGGGCAAACAUAUUGUGAUUAAAAAGUGGCAUCCUGGGAUGCAUCUUACUAAAGGCGCCUUCUCUAGUGUUCCGGCUUGGGUUAAACUCUACAAUGUUCCCCUUGAAUCAUGGACUGAAGAUGGAUUGAGUUAUAUUGCUAGUUAUAUCGGUAAUCCCCUUUCCUCAGAUGAUUUCAUGCAAAAUCAUAGUCAGUUGACGUUUGCUCGUGUCUGUAUUGAAGUGGAAGCGGCAAAGGAGAUUCUCAAGUCCUUUGUUGUUAGUUUGGGUUAUGGUGAGCCAUAUGAAAUUAGAGUAGAGGUUCCUUGGACACCCCAAGCCUGUAACAUUUGCAAAAAAUUUGCCAUACUACUAAUGCUUGCACAAUCUAGCCCCAAGCUCCUCCUCUUCAAGUGUGGAAAGCCAAGGAGCCAGUAGGACAGGAAGUCCCCGUUGCUCAAGAGCAAAUUUUCAAGGAGCAAGUUGGAAACGAAGAUAAAGUGUGGGAAGAAGUUAAGAGGAAGAAAGACCAUAGAUCCCCUCUGAGCAUGCCUUUGGUUACCUCCUCUCCUUGCCAUUCGGGUGCCUCCUCCGAUGUGCUAAGGAAAGAUGAUAUGGGGAGUGUGCUUCCUUCGGUGAUGGUAUCUUAAAGUUGUUUUGAUGUGCUGAAGUCGUGUGACACUAACGAUUAUUCAUGUGUGACGGACCAAUUGUCUUAUACUUCUCCGAUUGUACCCAUCCACAAUCAGGCUAGUAAACAACAAGAGGUUCCUGUGGCUCCCCGUCGGUCUACACAUUUCCGAAAGCCUCCAAGGAUUCCUUUGGAAGGCGACUUCGUAGGGCCUAGUCAUGGCUCGAAUCCGUUGGUGGGGGAAUCUUCAUCCUCUCGAGGUGAAAAUAAAAGGAAGCUUCACAAGAAGAUAAAAAUGUUAAAGGCUUCGAGGGCUUAGGUAGUUGGGGCUUAGGUGGUUGAGGCUUGCCUUUUAGAGUUGUGUUGCUUCUUUGAAGUGUGCAUUGAGCGUCAUCGGAUAUCUCUUUUACGUUGUUUAGAUUUUUUUUUAGUUUUUAUUUGCUUUUGUUUGCCUGAGGUAUGCCCCCUGUAAACAUGUACAUUCAGUUAUCCUUCUUUAAUAUCAAGUUAAUUUACCCCAAACAAAAAAACACUAUCUGCCCUUUGAAUACCUAGAGAGAGAGAUACAUAGUGAAGACUACAUGGCCCAAGAUCGUAAGAGUACAUUGUUGAAGACAACAUAAUGGAGAGCAAAACGAGGCUUUGUGUAAACAAUAAAAAUGCAAAAUCAGCCCUAAUUCAAUCCUUGCAUCUAUCUCCAAGCUCACUCAGUC